UUCCAGCGGGUUGUAAAUGCGGUGACACGAAGCUCUCGGCGUGCUCUCAGAAAGAGUGGCCGUGUUAGCAAACUUAGCAGCGAGUUUUAUCAACGUAAUGUCGCGUUUAUUACUGAAGAAUUACUGUCCUAAACGGCGAAUUAGAGGCCUAGAGGGAGAGAUUUAGUAGUUAAUUUUAUCAUUUGAGGGAAACUGUUGGGAAUAAGUGGACAGUGUCCCGCAGAGCCGUCAUGGAUGCCGUGGAGGAGAAGCUCAAAUGUCUGUCCAUCGCUCGUCGGGUCCGACCGGAGGAGCCCACCUACCUGCUGGACGUCUCCCAGCAGCCCGCGGGGCAGAGCGAGCUGCUGGCCGUGUCCUGCUCCAACUUCAACGUCCACCUGCACAACAAGGAAACGCUCCGCCUCGUGGGAGAGUGUCGCGGCCACAGCGGGCGGCUGUGCGGCGUCACGUUCGCCCGCAGCUCCCCUCACCUCCUCUACUCCGCCUCUGCCGACGGGGCGGUCAGGACGUGGGACGUUCGCCGGCCCGGGACCGAGGCUGUUCAGGUGUUCAGCAGCGACAAGUCCCACCAGUACUGCAGCUUCGACCUCAGCUGUGACGACAUGCUGCUGUGCGCCGGCACCGAGCAGCUCGACGAGGACAGCUUCCUGGUGUUCUGGGACACCCGUGCAGCCAGUGGCGCCGGCGGCAGCACGGUCCUCGGCGUGUACUCUGAGUCGCACAGUGAUGACAUCACCCAGGUGCGCUUCCAUCCACGGGACAAAGACCGGCUAGCGACCGGCUCUACUGAUGGUCUCGUCAACGUGUUUGACCUGAGCCGGGGGACGGAGGAGGAGGCGCUGCAGGCCACCUGUAACAGCGAAUCGUCAGCCAGCUCGGUGUGCUGGUGUGGGCGGAGCUACACCCAGCUGCUCUGCCUCAGCCACGACGAGAACCUGCACCUGUGGGACCUGGGACAGCUGGACACGGACGAGCCGCUGACCAUCUUCAGCACGCCCGACGCCCGCAGCCUGACGCCGCUGGCUGACGGCGGCGGCGUGGACUACCUGGUGGGCGGGAGCUGGCUGGAGGAGGCGCAGAGGCUCCUGGUGGUCGGCGGGAGGAACAGCGGCGAGCUCCACCUGAUGGAGUGCGACGACAAGGGGCUCCGCCUGCUGAGGAGCCUGCAGGGGGGCCACACCUCCACAGUGCGCUGCUUCCUGUGGGACGCGGCGGCCGAGGCCCUGGUCACCGGGGGAGAGGAUGCUCAGCUGUUGCUAUGGAAACCAGGAGGGGAGGAGCUUACAUCAGGGAAGGGGGAGUCCAUGAAGAGUGUGUCGGCGUUGAAGGUCAAAUCCAGGCCGCAUAAAAAACACAGCUACGAGAGGGAGAAGAAGGCGGCGUGAGCUAAACGUGAAAAAAAAAUGAAAUAUUUGGAUGGUUUGUGUGUAAAAUGUUUAUUUUACACCAAAAAGCACAAAUCCUUUGGCUGUGCAGAACGCCCUGACACUGACUGAGCGAGGCUUCUUUCACGGCUUUCAUUUUUAAAUUAAGGACCGCACUGAUUUUCCAAAAUGCCAAACAGCUUGAUAGUUUGUGGUUCCAAUAUUAUCCCUUUUAAAAAUGGCCGGGUUUCAUUGAGCUGGAAGCCUGUUAUUACUGCAUCGCAUUCUGCAAGUCACAAGGGCCAUCAGCACAGCGGGAUCCUGCUGAGAGGGCAGCCGUCGCUCUCAAAUGGCAAAGAGUGGAAUAACAUGAUUGGCAGUGCGUGCGUGUGUGUGUGUGCAUGUGUGUGUGUGUGUGUGUUUUAAGUGUGUGUGUGCCUGCCUCAAGAGCAAUCCUGCAAUGAUUGGUCUAUUAAGGCAAAGUCUCAUUCAUAAUGCCAUUUGGAGGAGCAAUUCUUUCCCGUUUCAGCGAUCCUGUGUUGCAGGCUGUUUUCCAGUGUUUUCUAAUGACGGGACAAUAAAGUGCACCUCUCACUGCUGAUCACACCGUCAGGAAGGCAAAUAAAGGCUGAUCAAAACUCUGUACAUUUUAAUCUAACUCUACUGAGUCAUUUUCAUGUUUUUUCUCUGCUGAAUUCCUCAUUCAAUUACUUCUGGUGAUGUUUAUAUAUACAGAUGAGAUGCAAAUCUACAGAUAUCCAUAUCACCUUUCCACACUAAAGUCAGGAGACACUCUUCAUCCAUCUCUGGCAUUUUGCUCUCGUUUUUGAUUAAAAAUAAGUCAUGAUAUUUCAUUACAGUAUUAGUAUACAAAGAUUCAUUUUUGUUUGCAAUUUCCAGUCCUGGAAAACGUGUUGCUGAUGAAUCCUUCUUGUCAUAGUUUUCGGCUGCAAAAUGAACACACAGAUUGUUGGUUUUAGUUUAUAGUUUUUGUCAACAACACGACUAAAACCAGCAGUUCAAAUGGCUAAAAUGUGACCAAAACUGGAGCACAUUUUAUUCAAAAGACCAGAACUAAAUCACAGUUGGCCGUCAAAAUGAACAUUGCAGAUGUACAUUUGCCUGUCCCUGGUAGAACCCCGCCCCCCUUUUUAUAUGUAUUUAUUUGUCUUUUUGUCAUCAAUAUUGUUUAGUUGUGGAUUUUGUUCAGUGUGUGCAAAAUAAAUUAAAAAGGCAUCAA